AGAAUUGAAAACAACGUUUGGCAGGAGGCAGGAAGGCACCAUCCCUUUCUCUGGUCUGGGAAAAGGCAACAACACACAAACACACACCCACAACAUAUCAUCACCCACAAAGUUAGGGUUUCGUGAAACUCACAAACAGAUUUUUUUCCCCCAAUAUUCUCACAUAAAACCCCUUUUAUACAUAUAUAUACAUACAGAAAAUAACAAUAAUUAUAAACCCCAGAUAAAUAGAUAUUUACAUCCUCCCCAUGGUAUAAUAAUACUUGCCAUUUCAUCAAUUCCAUAAAAGGUCACAGGGUAAAUUUUUGUAGUAUGCUUAUUGGCUUCAGUACUACCUUAGGAAUCUCAGCUGGCAGGUGACUAGUUAUGACUCUCGAGGACUUCUUUACUUCUACCGACUUAAAAGAUGGGCUUACAACUCUAGAUAGAGUUAACGAGUUCAUCAGCGUUAUUCAAAGUAAGAAAGACUCUGUGGACAACAACGGUGAAGCAAUCCGACAUUUGUCAAGCGUCGCAUCUAUCGUUGCAGCUACUGAAAACAAAAACUGUCUUGAUCAGUUUAUCAAUUUAGAUGGACUUUCUUUAAUUAAUAAGUGGCUCAAGGAUGCCCAGAAUCUUCAAAAUGAUGAUGAAAAUGGCUCUUUGGAAGAAUUAUUUAUUUUAUUGUUGAGAGCACUUGAGAGGCUGCGGUUAGAUAAUGAGAGUUCUUUUUCUUCUGAAAUAAGGAACACAGUCGAGGAGCUUGGCUCUCAUAGUAGUUCUAUGGUUCGUGAAAAAGCUAAAUCGUUAAGUGAUAGUUGGAUGCUAAUUCAAGAAAAGGAUGAUGAAAGUUUAUUAGAUGUCAAAAAUCUCGAGUCAAUUGGUGCUGAUAGUUCGGUGACCAGACAACCAGAUGAUAUUGUGGACUUGGCAACAACAAAUCAGGAUAUUCCGGAUCAUGCUGAUCCAUCUUGUAAAUUAACAGCUGAGGAUGAAAAUCUUUUGAUUAAAUUCAAAGUCCAGAAUUCUAUAUCAGAAGGUGUUGAGAAAUCGGAUGUUAAAGAUGAAAAUGAAAAAGAGAUUAGUUUUCAUGAUAAAGGAGACUUGGUUGAAAUUUUGGCUUUACCUAGUCCUUCAGCAGAAAUAGCUCCAAGUGCUGCUGUUAAUAACUGUUUAGAGUCUUCUAGAGAGACUGAUGUGUUAAGUGACAAAGAUGAAGAUAUGGUGGAUAAUGGCGAGAGCCCAAAAGCGUCUUCAAGUUCAGAAAGUGACACGGAAGGCGUAAAUGAAGAUGAUGGUGUUCAGAGUAAUGAAAAUUUAGAAAGCGGUUCAAGAUUAUUUAAGUUGUCAAUGGAUAGCAAGACAUCAGAUAUGAAACUAGACUUUGGCAUGAUAGACCCACUCGAUAUUGCUAGGCAAGUUGCUAAUGAGGUGGAACUAGAAGUUGAUUCCCGAGAAAGAAGUUGCAGCACCUCUGAGAAAAUGUCAGACAGUGGAACUGUGAAACGGUCAAGAGAGUCAACCCCGGAAUCUAAAAACGGUCAAGAAAGUCAAAGUCUACCUGUUGGCGGCUCAGAUAAGGUCACAUCUGGACUCAAACCUGAACCUGUGAAAGAUGCAGAAAUCCUAGUUUCUGAGAAAAUGUUAAACAGUGGAACUGUGAAACGGUCAAGAGAGUCAACCCCGGAAUCUAAAAACGGUCAAGAAAGUCAAAGUCUACUUGUCAGCGUCUCAGAUAAGGUCACCUCUGGACCGAAACCUGAACCUGUGAAAGAAGCAGAAACCCUAGUUUCUCAAAUUUCUGAGGUGGCUCAAGAAUCUGAGCCCGGUGCUGGAAGAGGGUUCUCGGGGUUUGAUUUGAACGAAGAAGUUUGUUCCGAAGAAGUUGAUAACCCUAUUAAUCCCGUCUCAUCCACGAUCUCGAUUGUUUCUCCUCCCCGGGCAGCUGUAGCUUCCCAGUUACCUGAUGCUAUUCACUUUGAGGGUUCAGGAUUGAAAGAACUGGCUUCCACCAGUGAAACCCACAACAAUUUUAAGAAACGGUUGGAUUUUCUUGAUAUUGAUCUGAACGUUGCUGAUGGUAGUGAGGAUAAAAUGGUAAUUGUAUCAGAUCUUCCUUCUGCUGGGGAAUCUUCUGUACGUAGGUUUCCAGAACGGCCCCAGUUGGAUCUCAACAGUACGGGAAAUGACCCAAAUGGGUGGCUAAGUCCAUCUUCAUCGUCAUCAAAACAACAUUCAAGAAGAAACAUUGAUUUGAAUAUAAACAGUCAGCCCAUUUUCCCCAAUGAUGCUGCUGUAGAUCAUUCUGUUAUUUCUAUUUUUGGUAAGAAAGUCGAGGUGAAGGGAAAAAGUUCUUUCCAACCCACAAUGGAUUUCAAUUUGGGGCGACCUGUAGAAUCUUCAAUGCAGUAUGGUAAUCCUAAUCCAUCUUUUUACGGGCACCAUAACGGUAUGUAUGUCUACCCCAUGCCUAUGUAUGCAUUAUCACCAGAUGGGAAGCCCGUGCCAUAUAGAGGAGGCUCUUUUGUACCUCAAUUGAUGGCCUCUCAACAACCACCAUCACCUUUCAUGAUGAACAUGGCUGCACCCGGUGCAUCCUCCAGCUCAAAUGGGGUUGGACCCUCAUACCCAUAUCAUAACUUUGAUAUUAACACUGGUUUAACAAUCAAUGGUGGAAACCGGGAGACUAUUGUAGGUUUGAGACAGUUUUUUCCUCAAAAUGUGGAUGAACAAUACAUGCGGGAAAAUAACUCACUACAACAAGCUCCUUCUAGCUCGAUUGUUGGUGGGAAACGCCCUGAACCGCAUUCAGGGUUUGAGUUUUUUCCAGUUAACAAACACCACCAACCACCAUGGAGGUAGAGGUUUGUUUCACAUAAGCUUGAUCUGGUAUCCUUAGAGAUAAAUAGCACACGGGCUUUUAGUACAACUCGGGUAAAGAUUCUUGCAGACUUGCCUUUGGGGAACAUAGGUCAUGUGGGUAUGGAGGAACAAGAUGAUCAUUCUUAUUUUUAUCUUAUUAAUUAACAAAGAAGGAAAUAGAUUUUUAUCAUUAGUCACAAACAGUUAUUUCUUAUUCAACUCUUUGCUACUUGAUAGAAGAAGUGUUUCUCUGUGAAACAAACCUUUGUUUACAUGUAGUUGUAGUUUCUUAUAUCCAUAUAUAUCAAAGAACGUUAGUGAACUUUUUUGUAUCUACUUGUAUUCAACUGGUACGUUUGUGUUGAAACCGCAAAUUUUGUCAUGA